AUGUCACGUCGAUCGGACCCGCUGGAUUGCAAGGUUUAUGUUGGUGGCCUGCCUCAGGAUGCAACAUCUCAAGAGCUCGAAGAUGCAUUCAAUCGUUUUGGCCGCAUUCGUAAAGUUUGGGUUGCGCGCCGACCGCCAGGAUUUGCUUUUGUCGAAUUCGAAGAUGCACGAGAUGCUGAAGAUGCGGUGAAAGCUUUGGAUGGCACACGCAUUUGUGGUGUUCGCGCUCGCGUUGAAAUCUCGCACGGUCGACGGCGCAAUGGCGGUUACAGUGGUGGUGGUGGAGGCGGGGGAGGUAGUGGUAGUGGCGCAUACUACGAAGGUGGUGGCCGGCGUCGUUCGAGGUAUGCUUAA